AUGCUCGCACAACGCACACUCUUCCAAGCUACACGAGCAGCCAGAGCAACAGCGACACGAUCCAUCCAUUCCACACCCAGACUUCUCCAAGCAGCAGCUAGAGAAGAACAUGCCGCUCAUACCGUCACUCAGCGAGUGAGGUAUUGGAUCAAAUCUCUACCCGUAGAGACAUACCCAUUAUUUAUGGUCAUGGGGUUUUCUCUCAGCUUCGGCAUCUACUCGUUCAUCCGACCAGCAUUGCAAGAUCCUACGUUGCGACUGAAGAGGAGCAUUGCUCACGCUGCUGGCGCCCACCACUGA